AUGCAGUACGUGCGGUCCCUGUCGGGCUCCGUGUCCAAGACGUGGAACUCGAUCAACCCAGCCACUCUCAGCGGCGCGAUCGACGUCAUUGUCGUCGAGCAGGAAGACGGCUCUCUUGCCUGCUCGCCCUUCCACGUCCGCUUUGGCAAAUUCUCCCUCCUGAGGCCAUCCGAGAAGAAGGUCGAGUUCACCGUCAACAAUGAGCGUCGCGACUUCCCCAUGAAACUGGGAGAGGGGGGUGAGGCCUUCUUUGUCUUUGAGACUUCGUCCAGCGUGCCCGAAGCUCUUCAGACAUCUCCCUUGGUCUCACCCGCCUCAAGUCCCGAAUUCACCUCCACCCAAGCAAUCUCUCUGGCCGAGCCCGAUUCCUUCGACCUGAACUCGCUGUCUGCCACCCUCCCCACGACCCCCACGUACAACAGGAGGGAGCACGCCAAAUCUGUUGCUGCGAUCAACUUCAACCCUCACCACUCCGAUGAAAGACGUGCUCAAAGCGACAACGGCCACCCCAUGUCUCAAGACGACCAUACCGCUACCGACCUACCCAAACCUCUCCCCGCCCACCUCCAUCGCUCUGCCACCGCCGAUGCCGUUCCCGCUGCGAAGGCCGCCAUCGAUGCCUCAAUGAAAGCAAGCGACCCCUUGACGUUACCCUUCCAAUCCGAGUCGACUCGUUCGCGAACGGAACGCUCCACAAGUCCGCCGCCCGUCUCUGGCGAGGAAGCCGUCACAAGAGCCAUCAAUCUCUCCAAAAAACUAUGGGGUUCCAACAUCCCUUCCCAAGUCACCGACAAAGGUGACAUCAUGCUGGACAUGACGGGUUAUAAGAGCAGUGAAGAUGAAGGCCUGCGCGCUGAAGUCCUGGCUAGAAAGAUUCUGUCCGAAGAACUCGAAGGAAAUUAUGACAUUGGCUCGUUGAUCGGUGCUGAUGAGAAGGGCAACUUGUGGAUCUACAGCAGUGAGGAAGCAAAGGAACAAGCCAACAGGAAAGUCGCUCAAGGCCUAAACGUUCUAAAUGCUGCUGCCUUUACCUCGACCGACGCUUUGUCAGACCCUGGAUACCACUCGGAUGAUUCCCGUAGCGAAACGUUCAGCGGUUCGCAUUUGCGACGAGACUCUGACAGCGCUCUAGGCAUGUCAUCUGGUCCUGCGUCUCCUCAAGCAGUCGGCGACCCCAAUCGCAACUACGCAAAGACGCUCCGUCUGAGUAGCGAUCAACUGAAGUCUCUAGAUCUGAAGCCAGGGCCUAAUCCUAUGAGCUUCAGUGUCAACCGUGCUACCUGUACUGCUGUCAUUUACCGCUGGCGAUGGGAUGUACCUAUUGUUAUUUCAGACAUUGACGGCACAAUCACAAAAUCCGACGCUCUGGGCCACGUCCUCAACAUGAUUGGUCGCGACUGGACUCAUCUUGGUGUAGCCAAGCUGUUCACUGAGAUCUCGGCCAAUGGAUAUAACAUAAUGUAUCUCACCUCCCGCGGAGUAGGCCAGGCCGAUACGACGAGAAAUUAUCUCGCCAAUGUAGUCCAAGACGGAGGAUUUAAGCUACCAAGGGGUCCGACGAUCAUGAGUCCUGAUCGAACUAUCGCCGCUUUGAGACGCGAAGUCUAUCUUCGAAAGCCUGAAGUCUUCAAGAUGGCUUGUCUGCGCGAUAUCAUGGCCUUGUUUACUGGACUAGGAGGUAGCAACAACGCAGAUAAAGCAGGACCCACGACCUCGGCCGAGAGUAGCAAUGGCCUAGUUGGAAAGUCAAGCGGCAAGGGUGGCUCACCAUUCUACGCAGGCUUUGGAAACCGUCUAACAGAUGCGCUGUCAUAUCGCUCUGUCAACAUCCCCAGCACAAGGAUCUUCACCAUCAACUCUAAUGCAGAAGUCUCGCUAGAUCUGCUAUCACUGAACACAUACAAGACGGGCUACGUAAGCAUGCGCGAAAUUGUGGAUCAUUACUUCCCACCCGUGGGACUACUCGUCAAAGGCGGCGGCGAAGAGUUUACCGACUUUAACUACUGGCGCGAGAAACCGCUCGAACUUGCCGACUUCUCUGCUUCCGAGAGCGACGAUGAU